AUGGCUUUCCAUGCCGCCGGGGACGGCGAGACGGAUGAUUCCAAGGCGUUCGAGGAGACAUGGGAAUCUGCGUGCAGGGACAGCGGCGGGGCGAACGUCUACGUCCCUGCAGGAAGGACCUUCCUGCUGCGCAACGCCACUUUCAACGGGCCCUGCAAGUCGCCCAUCACCAUGCAGGUGGACGGGGACAUCGUGGCGCCAAGCACCCUCUGGCAGCUAAGAUCGUCAAGCGUGCUGACCUUCCACGAGGUGGACAACCUGACGGUGGACGGCAGCGGCCAGAUCGACGGCCGGGGCGCCCCAUGGUGGGAUUGCCACAACCACAAGCUGGUGUCAUUCUCGUUCUGCAACGGCCUGCGGGUGACCAACAUACGUCUCAAGGACAGCGCCCUCAAGCACAUCAGCGUGUACAGGUGCAGCCAGGCGCUGGUGCACAACGUCUCCAUCUCCGCGCCCGGCGACAGCCCCAACACGGACGGGAUCACCAUUGGGGCCUCCCACCAUGUCCGCGUCUACUCUUCCUCCAUCCAGUCCGGUGAUGAUUGCGUGUCGAUUAUAACGGGAACCACCGAUGUGAACGUCACCGACAUCACGUGUGGGCCCGGUCAUGGUAUCAGUGUGGGAAGCCUUGGAGGUGCUGGUGAAGGCCCAGCGAUGGUGGAGAGGAUUACAGUAUCCAACUGCAAAUUCUUCAAUACGACCAACGGCGUCAGGAUCAAAUCGUGGCAGGGAGGGCAAGGCAAAGCGAGCGGAUUCAUUUUCAGGGACCUCAACAUGACUGAAGUCCAACAUCCUAUCGACAUCGACCAGUUCUACUGCCCGCAUGGAAACUGUCCAGAACGGCAAGGUGGUGUGGCCAUAACCGACGCGAGGUUCAUCAACAUCCAUGGGACGUCCUCCGAGCGAGAGGCUAUCAAGAUCAUGUGCAGCAAUAGCGUGCCAUGCCACGACAUCUAUCUCGAUAAUGUCGACCUAUCCUGGUGUAGGCACACUGCCCCACCAAAAGCCAAGGUUCUGAAUGCCCAUGGGAGCGUUGCGGGCACGGUGAAGCCACAAGUACGGUUCUUGGGACGUUGA